GGUCAAGGAUAGUGACUAGGUGCAGGUGACAGUACGGACGUCAAGCACUGCGUUUUGUUCUGUAUAACAAUAAACAGUUGAAGUCAACAAUAAUACAAUCCCUGUGUUCUUCGUCCUGACGUGAGAGGCUGUGGUAGCGACCGUACCAUCGCCGCCCAGGUGCAAUCGGAGUCUCCUUGGAAAACAAGAGGUCCGUUGAUGUCUGUCUCCUGAGAAAGGCGCAGGCUUGUUUGGAAACUUGUCACCUGUUAAACAGUCUUAUCCCCUGGGCUUUUCUGGGUCUGUGGAGUUAAGCUCGUCUACCUGGGCCGAAAGCUGACCACUUUGGGAUGGCAAGACCUGUCUUUAUACGAGCAUACCGACAGGAUAAGUUCGGAAGUGGCUCAUCACCACCACACAAAGGUUGUAUAAACAAACCCGACUUCUAAAGAAUUCUCAUCAACAGGAGGGACAUUUUUACCAGCCUGGCUCCACCCAGGCAAUUUAGCUGCCGUUGGACCAAGAACUGGAUGUUGUGUGCAACAAGUGUUGUUGGCAUUCGCUGAACGUGUCGAUGGUGCAAAUGUGCGCCCGGGAGAGCCGUGCGUCAUGAUUGAUGCUCAUAUCUCCCGUGUUGGGUGUCGCUAACUGUUUGGCUAGAGAUGUACAUCUGCGGUGUCAAUCAGUCAUAACUGUUGUAGCCUCACUCAUCAAGCGUCAUACCACACAUCACCCAGACAGAAAUUCCAGCGUGUCAAAGACAGGAGAGGGGACAACAACACCGGCCAUGAGCACGGCAUGAGGGCCGUACUUGUGACGUGGGCCCUGCUGGGCUGGGCCCUGGCACACGCAGGCGAGGAUGGCGGCAGCCCUGGUGUCCGAAGAGGGGCCAGGUUCCAGCGCAGAAUGUUGAACAUUCUCGGCUUCCGUGAGCGGCCGCAGCCGUCAUCGGUACAGCGGGCCCCGGACAUGCUGGAGCUGUACCGAAGAGUGACAGACAGCCAGCGGACCAUGAAGCCGUCCUCCGGCUCGUGUGCCUUCUCCGACCCCCACAUCCGAGGCAACAUCGUCCGCAGCAUCGCGGAAAAUGGUUGGUCCUACCCCGGACCGGAGGACGAAGGGGUGUGCUUUCGCCGGCGCCUGGUCUUCAACAUGUCCAGCAUUCAGCCCCACGAGAGAAUAAAGGAUGCGGAGCUGCGCUUUUCCUUGCCUGUUUCUUUCCACUGGUGGCUGCAGGUUCACCAAGGGUACAGCGUCAAGAUUUAUCACGUCGCCGCGGACUUCAGCGGCAGAAUGAACGUGACGACCCCGGCGCUAGUGGGAGGCUUCAGCGUACACCACCGGCGCACUGUCGUCAUUCGUGCGAACGUGAUGAAGGCCGUCCUGUCAUGGCAAACCAAACGCGCGGAUAUAGUCGAGUUUCUGGUAACCGUAACUUUAAAGGACGCCGAGAAAAGUAAUGCGUGUCCGCCGUUCGACAACCUACGUGCCAGCCUUCUUGUCUUUUCGUCCGACCGCCGCCAUUGUAGAGCGAAACGGGAGCUGAGCGAUGAGAACGCCGACACUAACGGCGAGGCGUCGCCGCCCCUGAUGGAGGAACAGGUGGAGGUCUGUCGUCGGCAGCAUCUGUACGUGGACUUCCGCGAAGUGGGCUGGCAGGACUGGAUCAUCGCCCCGCCUGGGUACCACGCGUACUACUGCUCCGGGGACUGCCCGUUUCCUCUGAACGAGAAGCUAAACGGUACCAACCACGCCAUCAUCCAGACCCUGGUGAACACCGUGGCCCCGGCCGUCGUGCCCCGGCCCUGCUGCGCUCCCACGGCGCUGUCUGCCAUCUCCAUGCUCUACUUCGACGAGAGCGGCAACGUCGUGUUGCGUCAGUACGAGGACAUGGUGGUGGAGGGAUGUGGCUGCAGGUGACUUUAACGAGCCGACAUGUCGUCCUAAAGAUCCCUACAUCAAACUUUUGGCAAGCAGGGUACCGACAAUUCGUCCUGAAGAUCCCACAUCAAAAUGUUGACAAGCAGGGUACCGACAAUUCGUCCUGAAGAUCCCACAUCAAAAUGUUGACAAGCAGGGUACCGACAAUUCGUCCUGAAGAUCCCACAUCAAAAUGUUGACAAGCAGGGUACCGACAAUUCGUCCUGAAGAUCCCACAUCAAAAUGUUGACAAGCAGGGUACCGACAAUUCGUCCUGAAGAUCCCACAUCAAAAUGUUGACAAGCAGGGUACCGUCAAUUCGUCCUGAAGAUCCCACAUCAAAAUGUUGACAAGCAGGGUACCGACAGUUCGUCCUGAAGAUCCCUCAUCAAAAUGUGGGCAAGCAGAGUACCGACAUUUCGUCCCGAUAGACCCCACAUCGAAACGUGAACAUGUACAAGAAGGGUACCGACAUUUCGUCCUGAAGAACCCCACAUCGAAAUGUGAACAAGCAGGGUACCGACAUCUCGUCCUGAUGGACCCCACACCGACGCCCUCGCGCCAAUAUCUUAAAGAGGCACCGCCCUCAAACUCUCUUGUAGUCUUACGUUAAUGGGUACCGGUCCGGUCACGAUAGGUUUACGGCGUAGAUAUCAUUUAUAAGACGGGAAAGAUUACUUGUAGAUCCGUUGUGGACGGACGGUUCUGUCAUAGCCUCGCUGCAAAUCAAGCGACUAACGUGACCACGUCUUUACUUAUUAUAUCACCCGAAUAUUGUGUAUUAUGACCAGCUGUAAAUUUCCUUUAAAAUAUCAUGUUACUACUGAAACGGACGGAAGUGCAGUAGCACGAUGUUUAGGUGUGUUUAUAAAAUUUAGCAAAAGAAGACUCCGAAGUUCAUAUCAAGGUGUACUAGUGUGUAGUGUUCGGACUGUUGUUUAGUUUGGCAGGCUGAUAGAUGGCCAUAUUUUAGAGUACACUGUCCAGGCAGAAGUUGAAGGGAAAAAACAUAACUGUCUUUUGAUUGAUACCUGAUAUCUGACAUCCGAUGCCUUCAAGGCACCAGUCAGGAGAAGGUAACGGUCGUUCCCUUCAACCUCUGCUUGGAGACUACACGUAACGUUACAUGAUUCAGGUGGGUUACCGUGGCCGGCCGCCAGGCGUGCAAAGAAACUGAAAACCGGUCACCUGACAGACAGAGCUCCAGUUAGUCUGGUACUGGGAGGUUUUGGAUGAUAGCUUGUAGUACUCUCCAAGCAGAGGUUUGAAGGAUGAGAUUGUUACGGGUUUUCGUCUGAUCGGUACCUGUUAGGCUGCUUUCUGAAGGAGUCGGCUGUGAGAGAACGGGUGCCAGUCAGGAGAAUAGCAACGAUCUCCGUAUCCUUCAGUCUCUCUCCUUCCUUGGAGAGUAGCGAGGUCACUUGUACCCAGGAAGGUGGGAUAAUUGCUGUGUCCGGCCUGCGUCAGGUGACAGUAAUUCGUAUUUAUUCUCCCACUCUGUCAUCAUGGCAUCAGCGGUGGUGGGUGUGAUUAAAGUGCGAGUGUCCUGGGGGAGGUUGGUUGUCAUUACUAAAAACAGAGGUUGUUCUCGGUAAUUAGUCACCUGUUUGUCCCACUUUACGGUGCUAGCACCUCGUGUGUCAGAUGGCAGCCGGCCUGCCUGCUUGCACAGGCCAGGUACUGACUGACUGACCCUUGCUGACCUUAAUUAAUUAAAUUUUGCACACCCCACACGGGUCACUUCUACAUUCUCAUCUGGUCCGACUCGGUCUUCCCUCACACCCCGUUAGCCGUCUGAUGGACGGACGCCCUUGCCUUCGCUGCCAUGCAUUGUGCAAUCGGCAAUUAGCAUAUUCCGGUAAUUACAUGCCUCAGCAAGUGCCAUAUUGAUGUACGCAGGCAUGACGAGCCCUCUGCCAGCCAUGUGCACAUCACGUCCUUCCCCGGACUACUUGAACCUAGUUGUCACGGCCCGUGGUGAAAUAUACUGAGUUUGCAUUCCGCCUUAAUUACCACUGACAGCCCCGUUAUGGUCCAUACGGGCCACGUCUUCCCACUCAAGACUUGAGCUAAAGCAGUUCUGUCCCGUUGUUGGCCUGGUUCCCUUCCCCUUCUCCGUCGGUUCCUGUCCUUUCAUGCCCACUGACAACCUAAAGGGAAGGGAGAACUCCCGUCGAUUGGCAGAGUGCGGGGCGGGCAUGUGCCCGCAAGAUGCGAACCGCGUAAAACAUGUGUUCAUAAUUACGGCUGCCAGUUCAAAACGCUCCGAGGCUAGAAGUAGUCGUAAAUCUAUGUAACGAUAGCGGUUUCCAUACUUCUUCUGCUCUGCCUCCUCUCGUGCUCCAGGGCGCGGUUCAUGUUGCAUUCACCUGUUGCAUGGCCCGUUGCCACUCAACACCGUCGCUAGGAUACCAUCUCACCCCCUCCACUCCACAGGCCGAACAUAUGGUGUACAUGUUGAUGUUUUUCUCCAAAACCUUAUUGACAAUGAUGAGGUCUCGGUACUUUGUGUAGGAACCACAAUUACAUGUGUUUCAAUGCUCGUGUGAUCGUGGGUUCUUCUCGGCCUCGUAACUGUUUCCACCUGGGAGGCCGAGAAGACGCGGUGUUUGGAAAAUUAUGGACCUAUCGUGAUAGUAGGUAGUUAAAAUUCGUUCUGUUCAACUGCUGGGACAAUGUCAGGCGGAGCGGCCGACUUGAUGUGUUUUUUCUCGUUCCCCACGACUGGGUCCCAUCUGUGUGCCAGCAGCACGCGAGGGGACGUGUUCUAUAUACAAGCUCUCCUGUCUGACAGGCCUCUUUUAUCGCCUCUCCGGGGUACAAACCAAUUUGGAUACUGUGAGAAAGCUAACAUUUAUCCACAACAUCAGCUUGUUACUACAAAGUACCAGCAAACACCACGGCUACGCUGAUAGUGUAUCAAAAGCCAGAAAGAAUUCGUCGGAGCCGUGCGAUGUACAUUGGCUGUUU